AUGGAGUACAUGGUUACCUCCAAGAUCAAUGCCAUGAACCUUACCAAGGUUCAUGUUCUUGAAUGCCAUCCUGAUGGACAUCAGAUCCUGAAGAGCCCUUAUCGGAGUGUUGAGUUUGAUUCAUCUCACCUGCAGCAGUCAGCUAUUCAGGAUUUAAUAUGUGACCAUUCCCUAACACCAGGAUGGUACCGCUUUAUGAUUUUUGAUAAGCCUGCGGAGAUGCCAACCAAGUGUGUGGAGAUAAAUCACUGUGGCACUCAAGCCCCUGUCUGGUUGUCUCUGAGGGAGCCCGAAUCCAUGCCUCGACCUGGUGAGAUCAAGCAGUUAACAGCUUGUGCAACAUGGCAGUUUUUCUUCAGCACUUCAAAAGACUGCUGUCUCUUCCGAAUCCCUGUCAGUGUGAGAAACUGUGGAGAUUUCUUUGUUUACUUACUGCAGCCCACCCAAGGAUGCAUGGGGUAUUGUGCAGAAGGUAAACUGGCUCCAUCAUCUGCAUCUGUGUCACCACCAGUACCAGCUACCCCUGAAGUUGUAGCGGAGUUGAUCAAAGGCAACAUAUACCUAAGGUGUACCUUUGGUGUUCCUUUUGCAAACAGCUCACUUGGAUUUAUUGUAGCUUGGUCCAGACUUUCUCCUGAAGGUGUCAAAGAAGAACUGAAGCAUGAGACAGCAGUUCGUACAUUCUCACUUUUAGAAGUAGAUGGCGUGAACGUCAAACUUGGAGACAGAGUUUACUGUAGCAGUUCUGCUUUUUUCUUGGAGAAACCAGAUGUACAAAGCUCUCCUGUUGAGAGCGAGGAGUUUUUUGCUGGCAUUAAGAUAUAUCCAGAAACAUAUGCUAUAUCAGAAGAUGGGAAGGAAUACAGACUGGCAAUAGAAAGUAGAAUUCCUAUUCCUUGUCCUGAAUUUGGACAGCUUGAAAAUGACUGCAAAAUCUCACUAACAUUAAAAACUGUUGACCAAGGUAAAGACCAGUUAGGUUUAAACUUGGCUCUUUCUUCUUGUCACGUGGAUCUUCCCCAGAAACCCUGCAAUAAUGGAAUUUGUAGUCAAGCUGUAAUUUAUUUCACUGCUGUGACAGACUUUAUGCAGGAUGGAGACAGAAUUACCAGGAUUGUGGUGGAGCCUAUAUCCAGUGAUAAUUUCCUGUGGAAUGGCUAUGCUCCGGAAAGCACACAGAUUACAGUAAAGGAUCUACCCACUGCUUACUGCUACUCAUUUACUGACCCUCAUAUAAUUACGUUUGAUGGAAGACUCUAUGACAAUUUUGAAACAGGAACAUUUGUUCUCUACAAGAGUACAUCUCGAGAUUUUGAAGUUCAUGUUCGCCAGUGGGACUGCGGAAGUCUUCACCAUCCAGCCUCCUGUAACUGUGGCUUUGUUGCCAAAGAAGGAAGUGAUGUAAUUGCGUUUGACAUGUGCAGUGGUCAGCUACGUGAGUCCCAGCCGCACUUAUCUGUAAUAAGCAGAGACACAACUGGAUGCAAUGUCAAGAUCACUGAAUCCUACCUAGGAAGAAAAGUAACAGUUUUGUUCUCUUCUGGAGCUUUCGUUCGUGCUGAUGUGAGUGAAUGGGGAAUGAGCAUAACGCUUAGGGCACCCAGUUCAGAUUACAAAAAUACAAUGGGACUCUGUGGCACCUUUGACGGAAGUGCAGAGAAUGACUAUCACACUGCAAGUGGGAUGGAAAUCCCAAACAAUUCUAAUGUUCCUUUUUCUUUUAUUAACGAAUGGAGAAUUUCACCAGGAGAUAGUUUGUUUGACAAGACACCUGCUUCUUUAACAUCUUCUACAAAAAGAGCCUUCUGUGACUGCACACUUGAAGAUGCUGGACUAUACCAAUCAGAGAAUAAACUGGAGUCGGGUUCUAAAUCAGAAUUUCCUCUCUCUUGCAAAGAAAGUGAAAAUGGCAGAUUUCCUUCUUUGAUACCAGGACUGGAUGUCACUGCUGAGUAUCUCAGUCCUGUUGAUCUCAUCAGAGGCUUAAAGAAACGUUCAUCUGCACAUGAAAUGGAUUCUUCUUCACUUCUGUGGAGGAAGGAUCAAUCUGAUAAGCAAACCAAACUUCACAAAAUAUCACUGGUAAACACAGGUAUCUCUGCAAGUUCAGUAGAAAAUACUUGGAGAGAAAGACAAGGAACUUCAAGCUCAGGUAUCGAAAGAAAUCCUCACAGUUAUAGUACUCGUCUCCGCAAAGGUCAAUCUGUUACAAGCAGAGGGAAGCGCCAAAAUUAUUAUGAAUAUCAUCCAGUAUUUCCUUUCCAAAGUCUCAGCCAAAGAGAUCUAGAAGGGUAUAGUUAUUUUUUCCCAGAAGACCAUGCCACUGACACACACCAAAAGUUUUUUCCUUCCUGGCCCACGCCUUCGGGCCUGACUGAGUCUAGCGCUUUGGGAUUGUGCCAGCAGGCAAUAGUUAAUUCCAGUAUCGGAAGAUCUUGUAGUGGCCUUCUUGGCAGGCGAGUAGAAGAUGCAAUAGAUAUGUGUGUUAAAGAUUUGCAGCUGAAAGAUGACCUCAGCUGGGCAGAAGCUUUCUUACCUCUUCUAGAGAAUGAAUGUGAGAAGAGAGUUUUAGAAGAAACAAAUUACAACCAACAGGAAGUUCAAGGGUCAGUUGAGAACCUACUUAUUGCAUUAAAAUGUCCCAAUCUCUGCAGUGGUAAUGGAGAAUGUGUAGAAUGGGGUUGUGCGUGUUUUCAAGGCUAUAGCUCUUAUGACUGCAGCAUACUGUCUGACCGGAUUCCAGAAAUUACAGAGCUGGAGAAUGCUGGGUUAUGUGAUAUUCGACAGUAUGACUGCACAUCAGUGAGAGCUUUUGGACAUGGCUUCAGGGAGUCAUCAAGUUUGAAAUGUGAAAUUAUCAAAGUGCAGUAUAACAAUAGCCAGUGGAUUCUUGGAGAACCUCUAACUAUGCCAGCUGCCUUCCAAAACGCGAGGACUGUCGACUGUCCGUUACCAAGCAAUGGCCAGCAGUCUGAUGUCAUGGAUCUCAUUGAUGAUAAACCCAUUGCCAGGUGGCAAAUUAAGAUUUCUAAUGAUGGAUUUGUUUAUAGCAACCCUAAAACAAUGAUACUGUAUGAUGGAGCCUGUCAAAUAUGUGAACCACAGGAAUCCAGGUUAUGUACAUUAAAGGAGAGAACAUGCAACAUAGAUGGACUCUGUUAUGGUGAAGGUGAUACAAAUCCAAGCAGCCCUUGCUUACUCUGCAGACCUCACAUAUCAAAGUUAACUUGGUCAGUUGUUGAAAACAACCAACCUCCGGUGCUUCAAACGUUUCAGGGUAUGCUGCAGACUUUCCAUGGAGAAAAUUUGGUAUAUCAGUUUUUGGCUUCAGAUCCAGAGGGCUCUGCUAUUCUUUUUACAUUGGAGUCUGGUCCUGCAGGUGCCAGUCUUUCCCCAUCAGGUCUCCUUUUAUGGAAAGCUGUGUCAAAGAAUCCCCAUAAAUUAACAUUUUCUUUGACAGAUGACUGCAAUGCGGCAACAAAGGUAGAAAUAGAGGUCAGUGUAAAAUCGUGCGAUUGCCUAAAUAAUGGCUCAUGUGUGACAGAUGUUAAUUUCCCACCUGGAAGCGGAAGAUACCUUUGUAUGUGUGCGGCUGGAUUUGAAGGUGAUCUCUGCCAAGUGAAUACUGAUGAAUGUAAACUUAACCAAUGUGGUACUGGCAGAUGUGUGGAUGGAAUAAACAGCUAUUACUGUGAAUGUCCACCUGAACUUCAAGGUAAAAAUUGUCAAGAUGACGUAGAUGAAUGUGAAUCCAGCCCUUGUUUCCCUGGAGUAUUUUGCUUCAAUACUUUUGGGUCUUACUAUUGUGGUCCAUGCCCAACUAAUCUACGAGGAGAUGGGAAGUCAUGUUAUGAAAGUUUUGAAGACGUUAAUGUUAAAGGAGAGGAUUCCACAGGAGAAAUUGGAGAGAAUAAAGCUUUUCAACGAUCAUCCCUUGACAAGGCUGUAAGUGCCUCAAGCUAUAUUCCCCAUUCUACGGAUGUCCCCAAAAGAUUUAUUUCUACAGAAGUGGCCAGUAGCAGCACUCCACCAGCCUCCGCAGUAACAACAGUCACCACUUGGAAGUCAUUUAAUUCUCCAAGAAUUGCCUCUGUGCAAUUUGCUGUUACUGGAAACGAUGGCCGUGCUCUCAGCACCAGGAGCGGUCACCUUGCUAACACAGAAGAGGGCUCAUCAGUAAACGUUGUGAUGGCCGCAUCAUCAGGGAGCCAAGCUGUACUACCUGAGAAGAAAUCAAGCAAAGUGUUCAGAGGAGGAAGUGCUCGCCGAGUUCAGCAGCUGUUAGCCAAGCAUAAAGCUAGUCCUUUGCCAUCUGUUCUUGCUGAAAUCACUGUCCCACCAAAAACUCUUACUGUAACAUCAGAUGAAAUAGGGAUGCCUAAAGCAGUUACCUGUGCUGAUUUACCCUGUUUUCCUGGAGUACCUUGUGAACUAAGUGAGGACGGAAAUGUCAAAUGUGGCCGUUGUCCUUAUGGUUAUUAUGGAGAUGGUAUUACGUGCAGAGCAAUAUGUAGACAAACAUGUGGCAAAAAUAUGGAAUGUGUGGCACCCAAUAUUUGCAAAUGCAAGCCUGGUUACUCUGGUUAUAGCUGUCAGGCUGCUCUAUGCAGACCUGUUUGUAAAAACCAUGGGAAGUGCAUUAAGCCAGAUGUCUGUGAAUGUCUACCAGGAUACAGUGGCUCCACUUGUGAAGAAGCACAUUGUAAACCACCCUGUCAAAAUGGAGGCACAUGCUUGCCCAGAAAUCUCUGCACCUGCCCAUACGGUUUUGUGGGACCAAGAUGUGACACCAUGGUUUGCAGCAGACACUGUGAAAAUGGUGGUGAAUGUCUUGCUCCAGAUGUCUGCCAGUGCAAACCUGGAUGGUACGGACCUACAUGCAGUACAGCGUUUUGUGACCCUGUGUGUCUCAAUGGUGGCUCCUGUACUAAGCCAGAUGUUUGCCUCUGUCCACAUGGAUUCUUUGGUGCCCAGUGUCAGAAUGCUGUCUGCAGCCCUCCUUGUAAGAACGGUGGUCAUUGCAUGAGAAACAACGUUUGUACUUGUCCGGAUGGGUACACAGGCAGAAGAUGUGAAAAAAGUGUCUGUGAACCAAGGUGCCUGAAUGGAGGAAGGUGUGUAGGGCCAAAUGUUUGCUCUUGUCCGUCAGGAUGGAGAGGAAAAAAAUGUAACACGCCAAUCUGUCUUCAGGAAUGUAGGAACGGCGGGGAAUGUAUUGGACCAAGUACAUGUCAUUGCCCUCCACAGUGGGAAGGAAUCCAGUGUCAAACACCUGUGUGCAAUCCGAAGUGUCUGUUUGGAGGCAAGUGCGUGUUGCCUAACGUAUGUUCCUGUCGUCCUGGUUAUACUGGAGUCCGCUGUGGGAAGAAAAUUCAGGUAAUCGUAGUGUCAAGGCACAGCCAAUAGGCACUUUACACGUCAUUAUCUAGUCCAGCCUUGUUCCAAGAAGCAGUACCAAAUAUACUAAACGUGUUUUUUGCCUAAU